AUGAUUAGAAAGACUGGAUUUAUUUCAGAACCUGAUAGUGAGCUUUUCGAUGAAAGAGUUUUGGGUAAAGGUGGAAUGCAAGCUUAUGCAUAUUUCUUUUGGUUCUGUGUCGAAAGAUGCCGAGAAGAAAUUGGAGAGGUUUGUCUUAUCAGCGCGAGUCAAUGGAUGGGAUUAGAAUUUGCCGACAAAUUAAGGGCUUGGAUGUGGCAAAAAUGCCAUUUGGUCGAAUUUUUCCAAUUCGAACCGUUCAAAGUUUGGCGUAAAAUCCAAACAGAUUCUUUAAUAUUUCGACUUCGUCGUAGAAGCGAACCAAUUUUAUCAACUAGCGUUCCUCCCAUACAACCUGUUUUAACGGAAUCUUCAAUUCUUUUCCUACGUUAUAUGAAUCGUAAGGCAACUCUUCAUGAAACACUUCAAGCUUAUUCUAAUUUUGACCCAAAUAAUGCCCAGUAUGAAAAGGAUAUGCAAUAUAAACUCUCACUUCCAUAUCCGAUGACACAACUUCCAUCAUCUACAAAUUCAUACUCAUUCACAUUUUUAAUGCCUUCUUCGGCAGUGAGUGCAUAUUUACAUUCCAUUACCGCUCAUCUACCUUCUCUAUGUGACCAUGCUAGCAUGAAACAUACCUGGGUUGAAAAUAAUCCAUUAAUUUGGCACAGAGGCCCUAACACAAAUCCAGUAUACGCUCUUGUAGUUCGUACAACUUGGGCGUACAGUAAAUUUGGUCCCGAAGUGUGUAGACGCUGGUUGCGUCCAGUAUUUUAUUGGAACGGAAAAAAUGGUGGAAAAGAGGCAGAAUUUUGGCAGAAAAUGGGAGAUGAACUGAGGUUAGAAAAAAAAGAAAGUUCACCCGCUGAAGCUUAUGUACCUUUUAUUGUGAAUAAUUCUGGAGGAACGACAAUUGCAAAAGAUGGACUUGAACAAGAUAGAUCGAUGUAUUCGUUAAUAAUGGUCGAUCGAGAUGCUGUUGAUAAGGUUAGAAGGGAAUUUGGUGAAAAUAGUGAAUUCUGGAAGUAUUUGAAGGAAGCCCGUAAGUAUUUACAAACAGGUUUUACUUCCAGAGAAGUGGUAUACUGUGGUACAAGCAAAUGCGGGAUUGAUGUACAAACUAAAAUUAUCCAUCCUAUUAAUUAUGGAUAUUUUUCGAAAAACCAACCUCGCCAACGGUUCUUUAUAGACGAAGACAACGUGUGCGUGACUAAUCAGGUGUGUUAA